AUGGUUAGACUCGGCUUCAUGGAACCCUCGGAGGAAACACGUGCCUCAGAUCAGAAACAAGAUGUUUCGAAUAGUACGGCUGGUGCAGAGCAGAACCCCGGUGAUUUGAACGAAAUAAGUAACUUGAGUCAGAAUCCAGGCAAUGUGAAUGAAGCAAGUGGCUCGGGAGAGAAUCAAGAUGACUGGAAUGCUGCACGUCCCAUUGAAUGGACGCGCGUAAACGACAUCAAAUGGGCGGAUUGGUACCUCUGCAGGCUGCUCUUUACUAAACGCAAGCAACUCUCUUUGGAUCUUGGCAUUCCUGCGCUGCAAUAUUACCUGGAUUAUGAGAAAUAUUUUCAAGAAUUGGAAAUGGAAAAGUUUGCUGCAGAAUUUAAGCAAGAUAUACGCUGCCUUAUUAUCACGCCAUUUGACUACAAACGGAUAUUGAGCCACACGAUGACGCACUACCUUUGUCAUGUGCCUGUACUAAAGUCCGCUGCCCCCAUGCGUCUUAAGCUGGAUGUAUCAUCAGGCGUUCCUAACUUUUCACACAUCUGGGAGCAAUAUUUGGAGGAAGUGGGUGGCACCUUAGUGGACAGCUAUGAAUACGAGGUAGAAAUUGGAGACAAGCAAAAUCAUCUCAUGCCUGAAUAUGACUGUGCUAUUUUCCAUGGAGAUACAUGUAGACCCGGUGAUGGUUGCUUACACUUGUGGGAACUUUUCCAUGACAUUUCUCGUGAGCAAGUUUUUGCCAUCACAGGAGCAAAGGCGCAGGACAGUCGUUCAACCUCAAAUUUGGACUUCAUAAGAAACGUAGUUAUGCGCAGAGGGAUUAGCCAUGAGUCAGUCGUAGACAACGAGGCAAAUUUAUCCUUACGCCUCGUCUUCGGUGACACUCCCAGAGCCAGUUAG